UCGGGCCGGCGCCGCUCGGGCCAUGAAGAUGCACUUCUGCAUCCCGGUGUCCCAGCAGCGGCCUGACGCGCUCGGGGGCCGCUACGUGCUGUACUCCGUGUACCUGGACGGGUUCCUUUUCUGCAAGGUGCGCUACAGCCAGCUGCACGGUUGGAACGAACAGCUGAGACGGGUCUUUGGAAAUUGCCUGCCACCCUUUCCACCAAAGUACUAUCUGGCAAUGACCACAUCCAUGGCUGAUGAGAGGAGGGACCAGCUGGAACAAUAUUUGCAAAAUCUAACCACGGACCCAAACGUGUUGAGAAGUGACGUCUUCGUUGAGUUUUUAAAACUAGUACAGCUGAACACGUUCAACACUGCUACCAAGAAAAUGUCUCUGGAUGUAUUUCUGCCCAAUGGAAGGAGUACUAAAGUCGAAAUUCUAACAUCAGACACUGCCGAAAGAGUCUUAGAGGUGGUGGCACACAAAAUUGGACUGUGUCGGGAGCUCUCGGGCUACUUCGGCCUCUUUCUCAUUCGAUUUUGCAAGGAGGGCAAGCUCUCCGUUGUGAAAAAAUUGGUGGACUUUGAACUCCCUUAUGUUAGUCUCCAAAGCUCUGAAGUGGAGAACUGUAAAGUUGGACUCAGAAAGUGGUAUAUGGAUCCAUCCCUCGACACCAUGCUGAUGGACUGCAGAGUGGCCGUAGACUUGCUCUACAUGCAGGCAAUACAGGACAUUGAAAAAGGAUGGGCCAAACCCACACAGGUGCAGAGGCAGAAAUUAGAGGCUCUGCAGAAAGAAGACAAUCCAAAAAAGUUUCUGGAGCUGUCCCGGGAGGUACGACACUAUGGACACGUGCAGCUGGAUCCCUGCACCUGCGACUACCCAGAACCGGGCUGCGGAGCCAUGCUGUCUGUUGGCAGCAACGAGAUCAGCUGCUGCAUCACCCUGCCUGAUGACCAGACCCAGGACAUCGUUUUCCAGAUGAACAGGGUGAAGUGCUGGCAGGUCACUUUCCUUGGGACCCUGCUGAAUUUGGAUGGGCCCCAGAGAACUCUCAACCAGAACCUAGAGCUCAGAUUUCAGUACAGCAAGGAGAAUCGCUGGCAGUGGUUUGUUAUUUACACCAAACAGGCUUUUUUGCUGAGUAGCUGCUUGAAAAAGAUGAUCUCAGAAAAGAUGGUAAAACUAGCUGCUGAGAAUCCAGAAAUGCAGAUUGAAGUUCCGGAACAAGGCAAAAGUAACAAACACCACAUUCAUCAAAGCCAGCAGAAAGACUAUUCUAGUUUUCUACCAAGAGCAAGCAAGAUUAAGAUAGCUAAAGAUGACUGUGUUUUUGGGACCAUAAAGGAAGAAGAUCUUUGAAGAAAAGUUUCAUAUUUUAAAGUGUCCUCUCAUGCUAUUUCAAGACAGUGAAAGAACCUGGGGGUUGAGGUGGGCUUCCUAUCGUCAGUGGAAGAAAUGUGACCUCUUCCCAUUUUUUUUGGCAUCAAAAUAGACUGCAUUCAUCAAGUAUACCUCAGCAGUCCAUGUAAAUAUCAAGAUUAGAAA